AUGAACACGUUGUGGCCGACGAGAAAGGCAAGCCCUGAUGCUCGCAUCCUGUGUCCGCACCCGCUACCACUAAGAUCUGGAGUGACGAGCUGUGCCACCGCCGCGGUCAAAGGGCCAACGUCGUCGGCUUCGUACUUGUGUAGCAUGGUGAUUACUUGCUGCCAAUUGCCCGCUCGUCCGCCUCAAAUGGGCCGCUUGUUGCUGUAUCUGACGCCCAUGAGCAUAGGAGGAGCUGCCCUCGUCAAGAGAGAGGGCCUCAUCCUGGAUUCAAACAGGGAGCGCAUGGAGAUGGCUGCCGCAGGCCAAAUGUCUCCAGACCAACGGCAAGGCGGUAGCUUCAACCAUGGAGCUUGGGCAUUGAGCUUGGCUAAUACAGGUUCGAAAGCUCGCCAGACUGCACAGAUAGACAGAGAGCACAUUCACAGCGAACGCACACGCCGCUCGAGUCUACAUGUUACAGCGCGCGCAUCUCGACGCGCUUCUUCAUCAGGGAUGAAGAGAUGUCCCCCCUUCUUGGCAUUGUCCCGCCUACGGACAUCGGCGAGGGCGAACCCCCGACGAUCUUGCGGGAAAUUUCCUAUAUCCAAGGGUUGUUUCUCUUCUGAGCGUAUUCCCGAGGGGAAUGGCAACGCAUCACCGUGGGUAAGCUGGGUGAAGGUCGUGGCGGCUCAGUUGGCUUUUUGA